AUGCAUACGAACGAUAAGCUUUGGAGAGCGAUGACAUCGAAACGAAGUCUUUUACUAGCCUCCAUUAAUAUGGUUUGGUCGGCUAUCGAGGCAAUGGAAUGUGUGGAUCGUGGACAGGCAACGAUAUGUGCUGCUCAUGAGGAAGAGGGCAACUGUAAAAGACCCGAAUUCGAACCGCAAAUGAAGCUACUGUGCAGAAAAACUUGUGAACUCUGCGCUUGA